UUGACAAAAUCACAUCUCGAGUCCAAACUUCAGAUCAUAGAUAACCGUAGUAGCAGUAGCACCCAGCCCAAGCCCUUCCAAAACCCUAGACAACCCCAAUCUCCAUUGCUGCACAAAUUCGAACUAUUUCAUCACUUCCCUCCUCUGCAAAUCUUUAAUCUAGGGUUUCGAUAAAGUCUUGAAGGAGAGGAACCAUGGACUUCGACGCUUACGAGUACUUGGAGAAGACGGUGGAGGAGAACGAAGACCGGGACUCGAAGAGGAAGAAUAGGAGCAAGGAAGGUAGCGAGAGGACCUACAGGAAGAGGGAUGUCGACGAUGAGGAUCCUGCUCUCCCCGACGGCGAGGACCGAAAGACCAGGAGGUCCAGAGCCGACGACGAGAAUGGCAGCGACAGGCGCGACCGAGAGCGUUCUAGUCAUCGAGAUAAGGAUCGGCAUCACAGAGAUUCGGAGAGAGAGAAGGACCGCGAGCGCGAGCGAGAGCGAGAACGGAGUGGUAGAGAGAAAGAGAAGGAGAGAGAGAGAAGGGAGAGGGACAAGGAGAAGGAGAGGGAGAGAGAUAGGAGGGAAAAGGAGAAGGAGAAGGAGAAGGAGAAGGAGAGGGAGAAAGAAAGGGAAAGAAGGGAGAAAGAGGAGAGAGAAAGGUCGCGGAGAAGCAGGAGUCGAUCGGACCGCGACCGAGAGAGGGAAAGAGACCUAGAAAUGAGAGACAACAGGAGAUUUAAAGAUAAAAAAGAAGCAGUGGAGCCAGAAGCUGAUCCAGAAAGGGAUCAGAGAACUGUCUUUGCAUACCAGAUGCCUCUCAAGGCAACUGAGAGGGAUGCGUAUGAGUUCUUCUCAAGAGCAGGCAAGGUGAGGGAUGUUCGCCUGAUCAUGGACAGGAAUUCAAGACGGUCCAAGGGAGUUGGGUAUAUUGAAUUCUAUGAUGCAAUGUCUGUGCCAAUGGCAAUUGCUCUCUCUGGCCAACUACUUCUUGGACAACCUGUUAUGGUUAAACCUUCUGAGGCUGAAAAGAACCUAGUUCAAUCUACUGCUUCUGGUGGGGGUUCAGGUGGUCUUGCAGGUCCAUAUGGGGCAGUGGAUAGAAAACUGUAUGUGGGCAACUUACACUUCAAUAUGACGGAAAGCCAGCUUAGAGCGAUUUUUGAACCAUUUGGUCCUGUGGAGCUUGUGCAACUGCCCCUUGACCUUGAGACUGGACAAUGCAAGGGUUUUGGGUUUGUUCAAUUUUCCAAGCUUGAAGAUGCAAAGGCAGCUCAAUCUUUGAAUGGAAAAUUGGAACUUGCUGGUCGAACUAUCAAGGUUUCGUCCGUUACGGAUCAUGUUGGAGCACAAGAUACGGGAGCAAAAACUGCAGACUUUGAUGAUGAUGAUGGGGUGUCUUUGAAUGCUCAAUCAAGAGCACUGCUUAUGCAGAAGCUGGAUCGCUCCGGUAUUGCCACAAGUAUUGCAGGUUCUCUCGGAGCUCCUGUGCUGAAUGGGUCAGCUCCAAAUCCACAAGCCCUUAGUUUACCAGUCAACGGGCAAGCUGCAGUUUCUGUGCCAGCCCUUCCAGCGCAAGCUAUCCCUACCCCAGCUGCAGAACCUGUUGGAACCCCCAGCGAGUGCUUACUGCUGAAGAAUAUGUUUGAUCCGGCAACUGAGAUGGAUCCAGAUUUUGAUAUGGACAUCAAAGAGGACGUGGAAGAAGAAUGCUCUAAAUAUGGCCGAGUGAGGCAUAUUCAUGUGGACAAAAACAGUGAUGGUUUUGUGUAUUUGCGGUUUGAAACUGUGGAAGCUGCAAUGGCUGCUCAACGUGCAAUGCAUUUGAGAUGGUUUGCUCGCAGGUUGAUUUCAGCCUUGUUCAUGCAACCCCAUGUAUAUGAAGCUACGUUUAAAGAUGGAGAAUGAAGGCGUACAAGCAGCAUUUCCAAGAGAAUUUUUGUGCUUUUUGAUGUGUUGACGGAUUUUUAGAUGAUACCGUUUUAUUCAUAUACACUUGCAUCAGAUGUACCAUAACAGUUAUAUCUUUAUCCAGUGAUGGUGAUAUGUAAUCUGUUCAUCAACUCGCCAUUUUAUUGUAAUUUUAAGUUCUAGAUAUCUUGCUGUUGUUUUUC